AUGACCUCUAUAAACCAUCCUAAUAACUUGUGCCUUGUCACCCUUCCCUUCCCUUCUUCCACCUCUUGCCACUGCCCUGACCAUGUGCCUCCUAGGGAGCUUGACAAGAAAUUUGAUGAAAAUAAAAAGUGCGAAAUAACCUCAAAUAACAAUCCUACUAACAUCCUUACUAACCUCUGCACUGGCCUCGAAACCUUCCUCGGCUUUAACCCUGAGACAAAAGGCUACGACGGCAGUGGCAUUGUGUACUCUGACCUUGACAGGCUGUGUGAUGCAGUGAUGGGAUUUUUGAGUGGUGUUCUCAGUAACAUCAAAGACCAUUUAGGGCAGCAUAAAGAUACUUUAGAAGAUGCAAUUGACACUCUUAACACCAAUAAACACGCCGGUAAAAAAGGUUUUAGUGUUGCGAUUGUAAAGGUGGUCGAAGGGGUGGGGAGGUAUAAUAAGGCAGUUAAAAAGUCAAAUGAUCAAGUUAAAAACAUCGUCACAGAUCUACAAGGCUACACUGAAAAUGGAGGUAAGUUACGUGUUUAUCUUAAUACUUUGCAGAAUCUGGAGAGCUCUUCACAUGAAGAUGUUAACAAGGCCAAGCAGCAAGUGGAAGAGAAGCUGCAAGAAUCCCAACGGGAAGCGAGAAACUUCACUGACGCAUUAGAUACAACAAAUACUAAAAAUCUUAAUGUAGACGCCAUUAAUGAUCUUAAUGAUAAAGUAAAACAGAAACUUGCUAACGUGCGUAGUACUGUGAUGUAUGAAAACGGGCGGUUGGAGGCGGUCAAGGCGCACGCAGAGGGGGAGUUGGCAGAGACGAUAAAAAAAGUUGGUGAAGCGUUAAGGGCGUUGAAAGUAAGUGUAGAUUGUAAUAUAAGUGAACAAGUGACAUUGCUGGUUAAUGAUUUGAAAACAAGGGUAGAGAAGAUUUUGCAACUCUUGAAGACCAUUCAUAGUAUGCUGAUCGCUUACGUUCAAGAGGUGGGUGAGUGGAUUACCAAGGCAGAACCAGCCGUUCACGCAGCGUUGGAGAAAGUGGAACAAAUAAUUAGGGAAGCGAAUGCAGGUGACCAGAGCAAACAACCGGCGCAGAUUAUAGCGGUGGCCGACCAGUUGAAAGUGCAGGCUGACUUACUGUAUGCAUCUGGUACUGCGGCGAAGGAGAGAGUUAUUGCGGAAGUGAAAACAGCGCUUGAGGCUGUGAGAAAAAUGGAUGGGGAAUUGAAGGAGGAUUUGUAUGGAGUUAAGAAAGCAGUAGAGGGGCAGGUUACUAAAAUUAAGGAGGCGAUCGGACAAGUGUACUUAUAA